AUGGCUUCCUCCUCGACCAUCAUCCAAGUGCAGGUCCGCCUUCCACUGUAUCACCCAUCUCUUCCCACUCCCCACCCAACUCCAAAUCCACGUCAUGUCUGGUAUCGCUUCGGGCAGCGUCGGGACCAAGCCUCGGAGGCUGACGAUCUCAGUGACGAGGAGAACGAGGUGAAGGCACAGCUCCGCGCAAUACGUGAGACGGGAAGCACAAUCUUCGUGCCUCAUGGCAAGGUACAGACGGCCUUUGAGGAAUCAGCUGACCGUGAACAAGAAGGGGACGAAUCGGAUGAAGAGAUGGAGCUGCACGCAGUCAAUCCAGGCACUCCGGACCAGCCUGGUACGCCCCCAGAGGGAGGACCUCUGCUCCAAGCUGCGCAGAUCCUGCCCCAGGGUCAGGACGGCCAGGAGGCAGUCGAUCUCGCAGAAUGGCGCGAUCUGGAUGACGACAUCGAAGAUUUUGACGGCGAGGAUGAUGCAGAGGAGGAGGAAGAAGCUGAAGAGGAAGAAGAAGAAGACGUCGAUCUCGAACAUGAACGUGUCGGCGAGGAGGGUCUGUCAGGGGAGGAGGACAGCCUCGAGGACGACGAAGAGCUAGAAGAUGACGACGAUGAGGAAGAGCAUAGCGAGGACGAAGAAAGUGAAUGA